AUGGCGGAUCUCAGCAACAUACUUGCUGCUCUCGCAGCCCAGAGACAGGGUGGAACACCUUCGCAAGCUCCUCCUCCUCCUCUUCCUCCGCCUGUGCCUGGGGCGCCCUACCCUCCACCUCAGUAUGCCACCCCACCGACCAGCGCAACCCCUUACGGACUUCCUCAGCCGAUCAGCUCCGGCAGCGUCGAUUUAGCCAACAUCAAACCAGUCAGUUCCGGCUCUGUUAGCAUCGCAGAUGCCAUUGCCAAAGCCCGUGGUAUCGCGGCGGAAAAGGGUCUGUCCUAUGAUCCCAGCAGACCUCCUAUGAACUCCGACCCUCGCGCAGGUGGCCGAGGCUACCGACGAUCAAGGUCCCCCUCGCGCUCUCCGCCUCGCCCAGGCAGAGAUGGUUUUCGCGAUUCUUACAACCCGUAUCGUGACGACCGGCGUAACGUUGCACCUGGCUACAGUAGGGAGCGUUCAUUUUCGCCUAGAGGCGGCCGUCAUUCCCCUGCCCGGUAUAGAGACGAUCGAUCACCAGGCAAGGACAGAGGGGCUGAAGGUGAAUCUGAAGUCCUUCCGUUGGAUAAAAGUGUGGUGGGCUUGAUCAUAGGACGCUCUGGGGAGACCCUUCGACGAGUCGAGAACACAACCGGUGCUCGAGUUCAAUUCCUGGAUGGCCCAGAAGUCGCAGGCAGUCAGAGACAUUGCAGGAUUUCUGGCAGUCGGUCUUCUCGUGCAGCCGCUAAAGCCGAGAUCUACAAGAUCAUUGACGACAAUGACUUGGCGAAGAGAGGACAGGACAAGCCCCGCACUCAGAGCAAGGUCUCGGUGGUUACCACCAAGGAAGGCGACAGUCUGCAGAUGAUGGUUCCCGACCGAACGGUGGGCCUUAUUAUCGGCAGGGGCGGUGAGACGAUCCGAGACCUGCAGGACCGGAGUGGCUGUCACAUUAAUAUCGUGGGAGAAAACAAAAGCGUCAAUGGAUUACGGCCAGUGAAUCUGAUCGGCAGUUUAUCGGCCCAGCAGUAUGCCAGAGACCUAAUUCUAGAGAUCGUGGAGAGCGAUCAGAAAGGCAUUAGCGUCAAGGACCUUCACCGGGAGCGAGAGGAACCACAAGGCAAAGUGAACGACAGCAUUAUCGUGCCCGGCGAGGCCGUUGGCAUGAUUAUUGGGAAAGGUGGUGAGUCCAUUCGCGACAUGCAGAAUCAGACAGGAUGCAAGAUCAACGUCUCGCCCGCAAGUGGCCGCGACGUCGAACGAGAGAUUGGUUUGGUCGGUAGCAGACAUGCUAUCGACGCUGCCAAACGUGCUAUCAUGGAGAAGGUUGACACUGUGCGUGCUCGCACUCAAGGCCGUGAGCCGCGCGACGACUAUUCGGAUCGAUACUCGGCGCCGCCGCCCGUCUAUCCUGUCAGUGGGAUCCCUCCCGCUCAGCCAGCUCCGCCGGGUCCCUCGGCUCUCCCACCCCCAGCUGCCGGUGCGGCCGACCCCUAUGCUGCCUACGGCGGCUACCAGAAUUAUCUUCAGAUGUGGUACUCAGCACUUGCGGCGAACCAACAACAAGGUGUUCCAGGUCAAGGUGAGCAACGGUAA